CCUCGCCGAUUUCGCCCCGAACACCGCAGACUCCGCCCGUCGCACACCUUCAGCCGCCGACGUCCACCCCAGCCGCCAUCGACAGAGCCACCGUCGUUCAGCCACGAACAUCCAAUCGCGAACCGCCGUCGCGUGCCUCUGUAUCGUGAGCAACUCGCCGCCGUCUCUCCCCGCGACCAGUCCGUCCAUCGCCGGGAGGUGUCGAAUUUCCGACCAGGUUCUGUCCGUGCGUCGCCUUCACGAUUGAGCAGCCCUAUCAUCGGCGUCAACCGCCGCCGCGUACGAGCCACCGGCCAGCGAGUGGCGAACCUCAGUCCGAGCCGCGAACCGCCACUGCAGCAUCCCGCCGGCGGAUUUAUAGUAGGGAAGUGGACCAAUGCAUAUGAUGGGAAGACGAUUGAGGUCCAAAAUCCUGCAACUGGCAAUGAUAUAACAAAUGUUUUGUGCAUUGGUAGAAGGGAGACGAACAAUGCAGUUGCUUCAACACAUGAUGCAUUUCCAUUUGAGAAGAUGAAUGUUGUGAAUGCCUUUGGUGAAGGGCCUUUAAUAAAUAGUGCUGCAGUACACAAGGUCAAUUUUCUAUUCACAUUGUAAUUUAUGUUAAACGAAUCUUGCACUGAAUCUUGCUGAUAUCAAGAUAUUAUUAAAAUCAUGAUGAACUUAAUUUGAUAACUAGAUUUUAUGCCUAUCUUUUUACAAGUCAGUACAUAGCAUAACGGAUGCCUUAGGACAGAGAAGUUUAUGCGUAUCUUGUUCUGAUUCCCCAAAAUUAUUUUCCUUAUCGGCCACUUUUGUUAAAAAUGUUACAUGAAACUGUUUCUUUUGUAUAAAAUUAUUCUUUCAAACCAUUGUAAGAGCCAUUUAGUUUUCAAUUUCAUAGGUUAUACCUGUAAAUUACUAGAUUCCUGGUUAGCCAGAAGGGAAACAACAUUGAAAUUUCAAUAUCUUAGACUUGGAAAUGACUUUAGUCACAGUCAAACAUAAAGAAAAGAUCUACAACUUAGAAUUCUUGUCAUUCAUAUAUGAUUCUGAAUAGUGUGUUAGUUAAAUACCCAUUUUAUUCUCCCAUUGUAUGGAGGAAGUAAUUGGGUCUGUUGACCUCGUCUGAAAUUUAAAACCGAGGAAGAAGCUAUUCAUAUGCAGGUGAUCCUGGUGAACCCAAUCUUCUAUGAUGAGAUUCAAACAAACGAACUUGUAAUCAUUGGGAGAAAUUGACCAAAUAGUGUUGCUAGUAUAUAACAUUCAUUAUAUUGUAGCUGAGUUUUAUUUUAAUUGUUGUUUAUUUGUGUAUUAUUGAAUAAUUUUUAGUUUUUAAUACAAACUUUCGUGGUUGGCUAAGGCCCAAGGGCAAGUGGUGUAACUUGAUAAGUUGAGCUUAAGUAUUUUCGUGUUUGUUUGUUU